CUCGCGCCCGCCGCCGUGAUUUGGCCGCUGUCGGCUGCCGUGGCGGCGCGCGGGGGCUGCCGGGAGCUGUAGGCGGAGGCGGCGGCGGCGGCAGCUGCGCGCGGCGGCGGGGGAGGCGGGCGGCGGCGCUUGGGCGGUUCUCCUCGCCCCCGGUCUGAUGCGCGUCCCGCCCUGCCAUGAGUCUAUGAGCCCCCUCCGGAUCAGCGUGGGUGGUCUGCCUGUCCUUGCGUCCAUGACCAAGGGUGCUGACCCCCGCUUCCGACUGCGCUGGAAGGCCAUCGUGCUGUCGUCAGCCUGCGUGGGGUUUGUGCUGCUGCUCUUCUGCCUGCACCGGUCCUCCCCGGCACGGCCCGUCCCGCCGAAUCCUCGCAACUGGCGGCUCAGCCUGCAGGCAGGGGACCGCUACAAUGACACCUACCCGCUGUCCCCACCCCAGAGAAACCCCGAUGGCGUGCGCUACCGCAUCGGAGUCAUCGCAGACCUGGACACGCAGUCCCGGGGCUCUGAGGAGCACACCUGGUUCAGUUACCUGAAGAAGGGCUACCUGGUGCUGUCGGACAGCGGGGACAGCGUGACGGUGGAAUGGGACAAAGACGAGAGCGUGCUGCAGUCCCACCUGGCUGAGAAGGGCAGGGGCAUGGAGCUCUCCGAGCUGGUCGUCUUCAAUGGGAAGCUGUACACCGUGGAUGACCGGACAGGAGUGGUCUACCAGAUUGAGGGCAACAAGGUGGUGCCCUGGGUGAUCCUCCCGGACGGGGACGGCACAGUGGGGAAAGGCUUCAAGGCGGAGUGGCUCGCGGUGAAGGACGAGCACCUCUACGUGGGGGGACUGGGCAAGGAGUGGACCACAACGACAGGGGAGGUGGUGAACCAGAACCCCGAGUGGGUGAAGGUCAUCGGCUACAAGGGCGACAUGGACCAUGAGAACUGGGUGGCGAACUACGACGCGCUGAGGGCUGCGGCGGGGAUCCGACCCCCAGGUUACCUGAUCCACGAGUCGGCCUGCUGGAGCGACACCCUGCAGCGCUGGUUCUUCCUGCCGCGCCGCGCCAGCCACGAGCGUUACAACGAGAAGGCGGACGAGCGGCGAGGCACCAACCUGCUGCUGAGCUCCACCCAGGACUUCGGGGAUGUGACGGUGGGACGCGUGGGCGAGGUCAUCCCCACCCACGGCUUCUCAUCCUUCAAAUUCAUCCCGGACACAGACGACCAGAUCAUCGUGGCGCUGAAAUCAGAAGAGGAUAAUGGCAAGAUCGCCAGCUACAUCAUGGCCUUCACGCUGGAUGGACGCUUCCUCCUACCCGAGACCAAGAUCGGGAGUGUGAAAUACGAGGGCAUUGAGUUUAUUUAAGCGACUUUUGCACUGGACCUGAGGGGCGAGGGAGGCCGCAGGGCGCUGGGCAGGCCUUGCCAGCUCCUGGCCGGGCGCUCGCCCCGGGCUGGGCCGGGGGAUGCUGGGCAGCGCUCCCAGCUCUGUAGUUGGCCUUGGCGUCUCCUGUAAAGCGUUGGCUCUGCUCCAGCAGGCGUGGUGCGAGUGUUUCGGCAGUGGCACCUGGUGGCAAGGGACUGCCACCACAGGGCGCUGCGAGCCCCAGCCCAGGAGUCAGAUGGCGAAGUUCCCAUGCGCCGGUUCCCCAGGCAGGCCCCACGCCGCAGCCGUUAGCGGCCAGCCCCUAAUUGCAACAGAAACCCUCUGCGGUGAGUCGGUGGCUCUGGUGACAUCUGGGCUCUGGGUUUGCAAGCACAGAGGAGCCUGAGCCCCAGCUCCGCUGCUCUGCCUUACAUCCUGCCAUGCUGCGGUGCUUCCGGGUGGAGGAGGGGGUGUCCAGCUGGAGCACCGGGACUGUCCCAGUGCCUGGGGGAGCGAGUCUGACCCGGGCCCUGGCACCCAGCCGUGCUGGCAGCCUGUCCUGAGGCCACCCUCCUUCCUCUCCAUGUCCCCAGCACCUGACUGGGAAUACACCAGAGACACGGGGAAGGGCAUCCCUGUGUGGAGGAGCAUCCUUGAGAGCACAAUUGGCUGGAUCCUGCCCCAUUCAU